UGGAGGUGCGCGCCUGGGCAGGGAACAUGGACUUCGCCCGCCUGUGGCUAGGGUUGCUGCUGCCUUCGGUAGCUGCGCUGGAUUUCGGCUACCACCACCAGGAAGAGAUGGAAGCAUUUUUGAAGAAUGUGGCCCAAAACUACAGUUCUAUCACUCGCUUACACAGUAUUGGGAAGUCUGUGAAAGGCAGAAACCUGUGGGUUCUUGUCGUGGGGCGCUUCCCAAAGGAGCACAGAAUUGGGAUUCCAGAGUUCAAAUACGUGGCCAACAUGCACGGAGACGAGACUGUCGGGCGGGAGCUCCUUCUCCACUUAAUUGAACAUCUCGUAACCAAUGAUGGAAAAGACUUUGAAAUCACGAAUUUAAUCUCCAGCACCCGGAUACACUUCCUGCCUUCAAUGAACCCAGAUGGAUUUGAAGCGGUCAUAAAGCCUGACUGUUUUUACAGUAAUGGAAGGGAAAAUAAUAACUACUAUGACCUGAAUAGAAAUUUCCCCGAUGCUUUUGAAUUUAAUAACGUGUCAAGGCAGCCUGAGACUGUGGCUGUCAUGGAAUGGCUGAAAACAGAGACAUUUGUCCUCUCUGCAAACCUCCACGGCGGCGCCCUGGUGGCCAGUUACCCAUUUGACAACGGUGUUCCAGCAACUGGGACGUUACACUCCCGUAGCUUAACCCCUGACGACGAUGUUUUUCAACACCUUGCACAUACCUACGCUUCAAGAAAUCCCACCAUGAAGAAAGGAGACCAGUGUAAAAACAAAAUGAACUUUCCUAAUGGAAUCACAAAUGGCUACUCCUGGUAUCCACUCAAAGGUGGAAUGCAAGAUUACAACUACAUCUGGGCCCAGUGUUUUGAAAUUACGUUGGAGCUGUCAUGCUGUAAAUAUCCUCAUGAGGAGAAGCUUCCAUUCUUCUGGAAUAAAAACAAGGCCUCAUUGAUUGAAUAUAUAAAACAGGUUCACCUAGGUAUAAAGGGUCAAGUUUUUGAUCAGAAUGGGAAUCCAUUACCCAAUGUAAUUGUAGAAGUCCAAGACAGAAAACAUAUCUGCCCUUAUAGAACCAACAAAUUUGGAGAGUAUUAUCUUCUUCUCUUGCCUGGGUCCUAUGUAAUAAAUGUUACGGUCCCUGGACACGUUCCAUACCUCACAAAGGUGGUUAUUCCAGAAAAAUCCCAGAACUUCAGUGCUCUUAAAAAGGAUAUUUUACUUCCCUUCAGAGGGCAACUGGAUUCUAUCCCAGUAUCAAAUCCUUCAUGUCCUAAGAUUCCUCUGUAUAGUGAUUUGCCAAGCCACUCAGCUGCAACAAAGCCUGGUCUGUUCUUAUUUUUAGUGACUGUCUUUCACAUAUUUGUCAAAUAAAGCAAAAUGUGAAACACAACCCCCAUCAUCACCUGGAAUCAGGGAUUACUCAUGCCAGGUUACUGCAACUCUGUUAACUCCCUCUGUGGGACCUUGACUCAAGAAACGCCAUGGUCCUUCCCUAAGAAGAGAAAUGGUUGUUUUCAAACCACAACAAGCAAUGUGUGGUGAUAACAAAGGAAUGAUUUAAUCUGGAUGAAUGGAAGAAACCUACCUUUCAGGUACUGUCCACUACACUUAACCUUGAAGUUGUCUUAGAAAUUUAACUUGAGAAUCAAGAAAGAAGUUCCUGCAAGAAAAAAAUGGAGCAAAUUUUGUAUACAGAGCCAGAUGAAUAUAAGCAAUGAAGAUGAACAUUCAUUGAUAACCUACUAUCUACAAAACCUGGCCAUGAGUGCUAUAUGUGAAGAUAUAGUAAGUGCCAUAUGUAAUUACUUCUCAGCACAGGGAGAAAUGAUAGGACUGGGAAUAUUUCACAUCACAGAUGUUCUAAGGAAAUAGGAGUGGAGAGGGGCAACCGUGUCUCAGUGGCCCAAGAAAAACAAUAUGGGCCUGAUGGGAUGACAAGGUUCUAUAUACAGAGCCCCAAAACAACAGGUCAGUUACCUUUCCGCACUCAGAUGCCACAGUUUUGUUAUGCUGAGGACCGCCAAAUGUGUAACUCUAGCCUCUUGCCUGAGCCUCAAACUCAAGCCCAACUUCCCACUGUACAUAUCCACCUGGAUGUGACCCACUGGUACCUCAAACUCAUCAUGUUGAAAUGCAACAUAUUUUUCUCCCUGGAGCUGCUCUUCCCCCUGUAUUGUCUCUGGUACUAGAGUGAACUAGAAACCCGAGAGUCAUCCUUGAUGCUUUCUCCUCCUCCAUCAGCCGGUGUAUUCAGUCAGUCACUAAAGAUUGAUGUGAAUUAUAAAUGUUGGUUGGUUCUCCCUCGCUCUGUGGCUGGUAACACUGUCAGUUUAGGCCAUGACUCACUGCCCCCACUGCAGCAGUCUUACUGGUGUCUUGCGCCCAGCCUUCUCCUCUUCAAAUCCAUCUUCACACAGCACUGGGGAGGAAGGUCUACUCAACAAGCAACAACAAUCAACUUGCUUACAGUUCCUGUACACUUAAUGCACGGUUUGUGUCCCGUAUCUGAACACCAUUCUGACCCACCGCUACGUUUUCUUUCCCACUCCUUUAAAACUCAGUUCAGGUGUCAACUCCUCCAGCAAGCCUUUGCUGA